AUGGAGGCCGCCGCCGCCGACCUCGUCGCUGCCCUCUCGUCCCCGUCCUCCUACGCCGGCCUCCACUCUCGCUUCGCCGCCUACCUACAUCCCUUCACCCCCUACCUGCCCAGCUCAAAUCCUAACCCCAAGCCACCACCGAAGAGGGCGACGAAGCACAACAAGCAGCCGCCGCCUCCCGACGCGGCUACCCUCCGCCCCCUCGCGAAGCGAUUCCUCACGUUUCUCGGCCGCGCGCUCCACCUCCUCCCGCCGCUCGUCCGGGCGAGUCCUGGCUCGGGCGACAAGGGCGGCGAGGCCGCCGACGAACUGCUUGAGAUCUACGGCCUCCUCUUGGACUGCCUAGAGGCCAUAUCACCCUGCCUCGCGGGGAAGCCCUACUCCGUGUUGCUCCAUCGCGGCCGCUUCGUCUGCUGUCUCGAGUCGUGCGGCCACCUCGCACGCGCCAAUGCGGAGGCUGCCGCUACCCUCGACGCCCUCCGCUCCGCGCUCUCUCCACCCACCACGAGCACCAAGUCGCGACGUGGUGCUGCAAGCGUUGAUUCCGUCCUCCUUCCGGACCCUGGCAGCGCUGGGGAGGCUGGCACGGAUCCUGAAGUCACCGUCCUUGCGGUCGAGCUCACUGCGUGCCUUGCCAAUUGUUCCAGCAAGGGCAAGGUGAAGGAACCUGCCCCUUACGAACGACUUCUCAGCCUUUUCAAACAGCUGAAACCAUGGCUUCGUAUUCUGACUAAUGAAGUCAGGAGGAAGUAUCUCCCGCUGCUUGUGAAUGGCAUGAGCUGGUGCACCUUUUUUCUGGUUUCCGAGUCUUCAUUUUUCAGUAGUGAUCUAGUUCAUGGAUUCUGUCAUCACACAAUGCAAGGAUGUGUGAAAGAGGGCAUGAUCGAGCAUUUGCCAGCAAUUGCUCGCAAGAUUUGCUAUUCUGUAGAUUUGAGUUGGGGAGGGAGCACACAGCUUUUGCUCCACGUGCUAGAAACUGUUAGUGAUUCUGUUGUACGUGUAAAGGAUGAUUUACCGAAAUCUGUAAAUGAGCUUCUGGUAUUUGUGGCGUAUUUUUGUCGGUUCAUUCUUUCUACCAAAAGUGAUUUAUCUGUUGGCGCUUUAGAGCUACUUUAUAAACAAGGUGGUCAUUUCUCUGAGGUUUCCUCUCCUACUGCCUCAGUGCUUCUUCUUUAUGUGACUGGGUUAUACUUGAGUGCCCAGCAAGCAGAAAGUGAAAUACCACCCUAUUUAUCUGUGGGUAUUCCCAAGGAUCAAAAGUACCUACAUGCUUUAGAGAAAGGUCUUGGCACAUUAGCACGAUGGCCACAUGAUAAUACAUCUUUGGUCACAUACUUGGACUCUUUGGAGUUUAUUAGCAAGAAGAGCUUGGGUUUCAUUGUCUGUGCUAUUUCAAGUAAAUGGUUAACGCCUGAGGAGCUCAAAUUCUUGAUACCUUCACUUGGCAACAUCGGAGUGACACUUCAUAAUACUGGACAUGUUAAAGAGGCACCAAAGGCUUUAGAACUGUGCUGCCAAACAAUAUGGGCACACAUCAGGCUUUCUUACUGUAGACUAUCCUCGAGGACAAAUGGAAACAACAUUAUGAUGGAUUUGCCGAUGGAUACACUGAAGGAUAUGGAUAUAAUUUUGGACGCAUUUUCAAGGAUUGCAAAGAUGGUUGAUGCUCUAUGUAGAUGUGGCACAGAAAUAGAAACAACACUUGGGAUUGUUGCGAAGAGCUUGUCUAAAUUGUUGUCUGAUAGCGACAAUUCUGAAUAUUUCAGAGGUUCUUUUAUACUAAUCAAGGCGUGGGUUAAGGCUGUACACAAAGAUUUUGGGGAUAAUAAGGUGGAUGAUGCUCCACUUCUCUAUCCCUCUCUUUUGAAAUAUCGGUCUUCAUGGCCAAUUAAGCUGAUAGGCUUAAUAGUAGAUCAGGAAUUGUUAGCAUAUGGAUUAACUGAAGCCCGAAGCACAGAAUUCUGCUCUAAAAUGCAGAUAAGGAUCAUAGAUGUUCUGCUGCAUAAAAUUUACUGUUCGAAAGAACAUUUUUUGGAGAGAUCAAGGGUUUUUAUUAGAAAGGCAGGUGCGCUUCGUGCAUCUGGAGUGGAAAACAUAAAAAGCUGCCUUGAGUCUUUACAUGAGGCCAUAUCUUUACUGCAAAAGAUCUCACAGGAUUCAUCUCGUGCCAACACUAUUGCGAACAAUCAGUUGGCCAUUGCAUACUGCUUGUAUGCACAUUGCGCUCAGGAAGACAAACUUGAUGGGGAGGUAAUAUUUGAUACUGCUGAGAAAGCACUUAACUUAUGGUUGGAGGUGGAGACUUUUGAUCAUUCUUCUUCUGAUAUGAGGAUGCUGCCAAGUGCCUUAUUUAUUCCUCAAUCAUGUAAGCAUCCCUUUGGAAGGCAGUUCAGUUUUGAAACAAGUGUUGAUGAAGUCAGCAAAGUUGCCUCAUCUCUGGUAUCUGAAGUUACAUCAAAUGACCAAUCAACCUUUCUAGCUGGCUGUUUAUACUAUGACUUAUCAGAAAGAGUUUUUUUUCACGUGGAUAACUUCGUUGCCUUUUCAUAUGGAAAAGAAGCCCUCCAUUUGCGCAAAAAGCUCCUAAAAAAGAAGUUCAAACUCAAUUCGGGCAUAUCUGGAUAUAUGGAAAGACAACACUGUGGGCAGGACAUUUCUCUUGAAGUGUGUGGCCCAACAGUAGUUGAGAUUUGGCCAAAUUCCAUCAGAUCAAUCGACAUGAGGGAUUCUUUCCUUACUCCAUGGAAUGUCCUUAGGUGCUAUCUUGAGAGCACUUUACAGGUUGCUAUGAUGCACGAAUUGAUUGGCAAUGGUGCUGAAGCAGAAGCUCUCUUAUGGACAGGAAAAGAGAUAUCAAAUUUCCAUGGUUUAUCAGUUUUCUGUAUUGUCUUUGCAUCAUCUCUAGGUCAACUAUACUGUAAGCGGCAGCUAUGGGAUGAAGCGGAGAGUGAGCUUAAUUAUGCCCGAGAUCUUGUGCAAAUGAUGCAACAAUUUCAUAAUAUUUUGCAGCUGAGAUUGGACUGUGUUCACCGGCACUACCUUGUGUCACUUCUAUUAAAAAAAGCUAGAGCCUUGGGAUCUCAUAGCAAUGGGGAUCAUGAAGUUCAUAGUGUCUAUUGGAAGUGCAUAUCACUGCUGUUCUUCAGGUCCCUUCCACAGGAUUGCUAUAGGACUUAUGGGCCUUAUUUAAUUGGACUAAUCAUGGAUAGGAGCAUUGGUGUUUUUCUUCCUUUAGAGUGUGCAGAAAUUCUAUGCAGUAUGAGCUUCUUCUUGCUAAAAAGCUCCCUUUAUGAACAGCCAAGGGACAUCUGCUGUAUCUUCUCUAGUGUAAAAAUGGCUGAUGUUGUUCACUGGUUGCUCAAAGCUUUUGUUCUAUCCAGAGAGAGCCCCUCACUUGUUCAGGAGGUUUGCAAGUUACUUGUGCGCAUAUUCUUGCUAUCAACUACAGAUUCCUCAAUUCAACUGCCUUUGGGUUCUCAUAAAGAUUCUCUUUCUUUGAAUCACUGGGCGGCAUACUUCCAUCAAGUUUCUGUGGGAACUUAUCUCAAUUGUCAUUACUUUUCUAGCUUACAAGCAUUGUCCGAGGAAAAGGUUCCGGAGGGCACCUAUGAAGAUUUCAGAAAUGAGACGGAUGACGAUGUUUUGAAAUUUCUCAGGUUGUCAUCAAGGGACAUAGAACAUAUUGAGAAACAUAUGACAGAAUUCUUCCAAAAACUUCCUGACCUACCAAUUCUGUGCAUUAGUAUGCUUGGAGGUGAUUAUGUUAAUGCCCUUUUGAAAUUCCUUUGCCAUCCUCCGUUUUUUCCUGCUUGGAUGUUGCUUUCAAGGUUUGAUUCAACAAAUGAACCUACUACGAUGCUUCUUCCAGUGGAUGCUAUUUCAGAAAUGCAGUUUGAAGAUUCCUGCAUCAAAGAUUUGGGCAAUCCAACGAGAGUUUUAGAUAAGAAGUGGCAGUGCCCUUGGGGCUAUGGAAUUACAGACUAUGUGGCUCCAGUUUUCAGAAAUAUACUUGAGGAGAAUUUUAUGUCCCUCUCCAGUGCAACCCUUACUAUUAAUGAUGUAAAUGCAGAUCGUGUCAGGUGGUGGUCGCAUAGAAUGAGGCUCAACAAUUACCUUGCUAACACACUGAAAAACAUUGAAGAUUCUUGGUUUGGACCCUGGAAAUGCCUUCUGUUGGGCCAUCGAUUAUCUGAUGAAUACAUUGAGUCUGCCUCAUCAAGUAUUAUCACUGAUCUGGAUAAAAAAUUCAAAUUUGAAGUCAAUCCAGUGCUCAUCAAGGCUAUCCUUGGUGGUUCUGUGUCAGUGGAUGAAGUACAAGAAUGUUUUCUCCAACUCAUUUUGUAUAAAGGUUACUUUGGAAGGGGAGGGUGCUGUGGGAAAGAUAGACUUAGAGCUUUCUCUUCCUGCCAAAUGGAUGACAGAGCUAUGGAGACACUCAGACGUUUAAUUCCACAUGCAGUAUAUGAGUUGCCUCAGCCAGCUGAUAGAGAUCCAGUUAUUUUAGUUCUUGAUGUCAAUGUUCAGGGAUUGGCUGGAAAUUCUCCAAAGGCUGGCGAGCUGGUCUUGGCCUUGAAAAAUCAUGACCUUUUCCUGUACUUUGGGCAUGGAAGUGGAACUCAGUAUAUUUCUAGUAAGGAAAUCGAGAAGAUAGAUAACUGUGCAGCUGCUCUUCUUAUGGGAUGUAGCAGUGGAACACUUCAAUGCAAAGGGAGUUAUGCUCCUCGAGGGGCUCCGUUAUCAUAUUUAUUUGCUGGUUCCCCUGCUAUCGCUGCGAAUCUCUGGGAUGUUUCAGAUAAGGAUAUUGAUCGGUUUAGUAAAACUUUGCUCAAUUCGUGGUUGCAUGACAAUUCUCUAGAUGGCAACAAUUGUUCAAAAUGUUGCCAGCCAACAAAGGAAUUUGAGUCCAUGAGUAUAGCUUCCGAGGAAAAAGGUAGAGCAAGACGACAAGGCACACAAGGAAAGAAGCAACAACAAAUAAAUGAUAGUACCAAGUGCUGCAGCUGCAGGCAGACGCGAAUAGUUUCAUAUCUAAGUGACGCUAGGCGGGCUUGCAGGCUUCCACUUCUGAUAGGUGCAUCUCCUGUGUGUUAUGGUGUGCCUACAGUCAUUAGGAAGAAAGUAAUGACGGAUUCUGCCAUGAGAUGA